AUGGUGUCCACAGCUACAAGAAGCAAGGUGGAACAUGUCAUGAAGAAGCUCUUCGCUGUAGCCGACAUCGAGGAUGCAAACACUUGCUUGCAUCCAAUGGAUUGGCUGGCAUCUCUCCCAGACAUGGCGAGCAUGCUGGAGGAGCAGCAACUUCGUGUGCAGAAUGUCUUGGCUGGGUCCGGUGGCUGGCGUCCUCCUGCUCAUCAAGAUGUGUACCCUCCUGGCAUUGCUCCGGGAGAAGUCCUGGACCUGCUUCUGCCUACGUGGUUCCUCGGCUUUGGGGAGGCAUCCGCUCUCCGUGGAAAGCCAAAGGCCAUCAACAUUCUCGAGACUGUUCGUAAUUUCCUGGAUGGAGUUUUCCAAAGUGCCAAGUAUCCUCUCAGUGUGUAUUUUCCAAGCACAUGUGUGGUUGGGGACCCGAUUGAGAAGUUCACUGUUUCUCAUGCCGUCGGCAUGACAAGGAGUGUGGCCACGAAGUGUGUCCUGGCACUCAUCGAACAGGCAGGCUUGUCGGAUGCUGAAUUCGUCGAGUUUGUGCCCUUGAUCAAGUCGUGCCUCUACAUCAAGUGCACGUUCGAAUCGUACUCGUCGGACGAAGACUUGCUGCAAAGGAGCAUUCUCAGCAAGAUGGUUGUAGCAGAAUCAACACGACCUGAUAUCAUCCAGCUCUUCCACAGCUUCUCGCUCAGUGUUGCCAAGCAAGGCCUCGUCUAUUCGGCAGUGAUCGAUUCCAAGAUCGCUGACUUCAAUCGGCGAUCCUCUGUGGAUUCGGGUAGAAUCUCUGACGCCGAGCGACAAAUGCUCAAGUUACUCCCUUUGCAAGACAAGCGCUACCUCUCGGUGCUGAGCCAGCAUUGGGACGCCUUCAAGGCAACGGAGAGUGCCAUCCCACUGAGGACACUUGUGAAGUGGACGGACAGGGCAUUGCCGGCAGACAUGUCCAUCGGGUCAGAAUGGAAGUUGAUACUCACUUGCAGUGCACUGAAGAACCUCACAUUCCUCAUGAGGCAAAUUGCAAUCUUCCUGCGAUCCCUCAAGGAAGCAAUGAACACUGCCAAGAAGUCCAUCAACCUUGCCUUCCGAGCGCCAAAACUUCGUGAUCCGAACCCACAGAUCGGGUAUGACAUGUGCUGCCUGUGGUGUCACUUUGCCACUGACUUCGAAAAGAUGUUGGGCCCCACUGUCUUCGCAAAGGCUGAGACACAGUUUCUGCGUGGGCAAUUCGACCGAGAAAUGACGGAGAAAUGCAGAACAUGUGAUGCAAAGAUCGUGGCAAAGGACUUCCGGUUCAUUAGUGUGCUCAUGGGUACGAACACCAAUGUGCAGUCACUGCAAGUGGUGGCGGCCGCGGCAGAGUCGGAACUUGAGCAAGCUCGCCUGAAGGCGGUUACAGCACGGCUCGCCCAGGAAGAGCACUUGUGGCGGGAGUACUUGGAUGCCAUGAAACAAUGGACUACGAAGAACAGUGCGGACCGAACAACUUUCCUGCUCCGGGAGAAGGAUGACUUGGAAAAGGCCACGAAGGAGCUGGUGGAUGGUUCAACUCCUGUGUACUUUCUUGACAAUCCCGGGUUCCUGAGUACCACUGUGCAGUCAGCUGUGCACAAGUUCUCUGUGGCACCAGACCUGUUCCAAGUCAUGGUCUGUGACCUCACGAAGCUGGGCUCGGCCUUCAGUAAGUACAUUGUCCAGAUUGGCACUGCUGUGUCCGAGUUUGUGAAUGGCAACCCAAAGUUCACUUGUGGCCUUGUGUUUGCACCCAAUUGUGCAGAGUGGGGGUCCGCUUACUCGGAAAAGAAGCUGAACGAGGCUGUGGCCACAGCCGAGACCCAAUUGCGCACAGAUGAGCUCCACAUGUCCGUUCGCCGGGGCACUCUCACUUUUGCCGAAUCCUCCAUCCCGAACCACUCCCGACGCCGAGGGUUUCAUGAGUUCUUCAUGGUCGUUUCGGAUGUCGAGGAAUCCGGGCAGCUUGUUUCAGGAUUCUCAUCCUCGGCACUCUGGGUACGGACAACGGUUGCCGAUGUGCCCCUGUUGAGCACCAGCGAGUACAUUGUUCCCGAUCCGUCCAUGUUGCACUCCGGAUCCGGCUUGUCGAAGUCGCAGCGACUCAAGCAGAGUAUGUCAGGGCAGCAGCUUUGGCACAAACUCCUGCCACGACUCUGGCAUGGGAUGCCCACAUCAGCAUUGGCAAAGCCGGCUGUCUAUGUAGACAUACUGCCCUAUGAUUUGUCACUCACGAAGGCACUGCUUCACUUCAACACACAGCCCAAGUCUGUGUUGCCUCAGGGUAAGUUAGCCAGCAUUGUUUGGGCCAAAGACGAUAGUGGGACUGACCACCGCCGAGGGAUGCAGCAGUGGCUGAUUUCGGGAACCAUGAACUACAUGCAGAAGAUGGUGGAUGACAAGAUCCUCACUCUGCCCGGCUACACGCCCAAGAUCUACACAGCCAUGAAGUCGCCGCAGUACAAUGAGGAAGACUUUGUCAUGACCAUGCCUCUGGUUGAAUGCGAAGGGCAGAAGGCUGCCCUGCCAUUUCGGCAGGCUUGGCUAGACUCGCCGGAUGGCCGCUUCAAUGCAUGCAAGAUUCAGUUUGAUGCAGUGGUGGCGGCGCACGACAAGGAGUUCAAUGUCUCGGGUGUGCCAUUCAAGGGCCAGAAGCGCAUGGCUCCACUGGCAGAUGAAUCCGACCCAAUGGAGGCAUUGCUGGGCCUGGCCCCAGCCGCCGAAACCAAGGCUCAGUUGGAGAAGCCCCUGGUGGAGAUCAGUGCAGCUGACAUGGAUUUGCUCAUCGAUGCCAAGAAGCAGCUGUGGUUGUUGGCCAAGAAAAGCACCAUCAUCAGCUGCAAAAAGCCCUUGCUGCUGCUUUGGGGUGAGUACAUCAAGGACGAUGUCUUGAAGAAGAGGCAGGAGGCCAACAACGCAUGGCUCAUGGAGUACAAGUUUGACUCCCCGGACAUGAAAGCAUUCCAUUUCCAUGAGCUGGGCAACGUGCCGGCAUUCGAAGAGGGCCUCACCACCAUCAAGAGCUUCCUCAAGUUCUUGGAGCAGCAUGCCAUCGUCCAGCCAAGUAUGGCAUGUCAUGAAAUCACCGUCGCUGAGGACAGCUACAAGAUCAACAUGACAAAGGAGUGCUGCUUUGAGAAGAAGCCUUUGCCAGCAAACCAAACCCCAUCGGCCAACAACGGUGGCAGUCUGCUGUCUUUCAGUGGGACCGAUCUGGGCCAACACUUGAAGCUUGUUCACAGGCUCAAGUAUAAUUUGACCGACAGCUCCAAGGGAAUAUUUCCCCAGAAGCCUGGGAUUUUCCUGACACAUGACAUGAAAGUAGAGGCUGGCAAGUUGUACAGGUUGCCCCUCUCGUAG